CGGAGAACGUGCGGAAGCAUCUAUUUGACACUAAAUACGCGUCGGUACAGUACAUAGUUUGUAUCAAGAUUAGGCGAGAUGUAGAGCUCGGACAUGACUUGAACCUGAUAUAAGCAUUGCAAAAACCCUGUCGAGAGGAGUCACGAACAUCAGACUCCGGCAAUCAAAAUGCAUUUCAACUCCCUUCUUCCUGUUGUGCUUGCUCUCAGCAGCAUGGCCACUGCGUCAGUGAUUCCUGAGUCCCUGGUCGAGUCCAGACAGAGCAGCCCAGCAGCCGGAGUAGUCUACAGCAAAUGCUCCAAACCCGGCGUCUUCGCUCUCGCCUUCGAUGAUGGACCCGGCGCCUACACCCAGGAACUCAUCAACACCCUCAACGCCGCAGGAGCAAAGGCCACUUUCUUCUUCACCGGCACUUUGUACGGCUGUAUAUACAACAGAGCAGCCGCCGUCAAAGCCGCAUACAGUAGUGGCCACCAAGUCGCCUCUCACACCUGGACACACCCCCAAACUCUCGACACCAUGAGUGUAGCUCAACUCACCACUGAGAUGCAGAAGCUCGAGACUGCAUUCGUUAACAUCAUUGGUGUGAAGCCGACCUACAUGCGUCCUCCCUACCUCAAAACUGGAGGCAACGUUCCCACUGCAAUGAGAAAUCUUGGCUAUAAGAUGAUCACCGAUAGCGUGGACUCGCAGGACUGGAAUGGCCUGAGUGUUUCUGCCAGUGAGCAGAGAUUCAGAAGUGCAGGACCAAAGACCCCUGAUGGCUUUGGCCAUAUCUCGCUGUUGCAUGAGACUUAUGCAAAUACAGUGAGAGAUCUGGUCCCGAGAUUGAUCAAGUGGGCCAAAGAGAACAACAAAUGUUGCAGCUGAGUGUC